UGUAAGCUAAGAUGUGGACAUCUUUCUCUAUUUUUUUAAUUAUUGUAUUAUGCCUUAUGGGUAAAAAAUAUUAUUAUUAAUCUAGCUAAUGCAAAUUAGUGGCAGGCCUCUGAUAUAUUUCAUAUUUUUCAAGACAGAAAGUUGAACUUUUCAGACAACUCGAAACUCUUAGUUUAUAGUAGUUUUUACAACAUCUUACACUUUUUAAUUUAGUAUGUUGUCUAAAAAAUAAUAUAUGCUUUAAGCAGAAAAUUUGCUUCAUAAUUAGCCGCACCACUUCCACAAAUUUAUUUAAAUUUAUUACAUUUAUGUCAAAUUUAAAAAGAAAAAGGGUGGUCUCGAGACAAAAAGUUGUAGCCAAAGAUACGGAAUAUUAAGCUUUAUAUUGGACCCCAUAAUAAAACUGUAAAUUAUUAAAGCAUAUCUCCCAUAUUAAUUUAAGUUUUUAAUUUAUAAACCAUAGAAUAUAAGGUAGUUAAUUGGUUCAUGAAUCAUGAUGGUCUCGUUUAUGAAAAAAAUCAUAAUAGAUAUUGCCAAGUGAAAAUAAAAUAUAUUUCUAAAAACAAAAUUGUAUUUAUUUAUAGAAGUAUAUCGUUAGGCAUUAACUUAUAGUAUAAGAUUCGGAAACUAAUUAGCUAAACCAAGUCUUUUCUUCGUCUUCGUCUUCAACUUUUUAAGACAACAUCGUUGGCAUUUUGUAUAAUUUUUAUGCUAAACUGAAAAGAGUACAUUGUCAUCAACUCGGAUAGUUUAUAUAGAACCAGUCAUCUUCCACCGUCAGAACUUACUGCCGCCGGUGAUACUCUGCCUUAAAAUGCUCUGCAGGAAAAACUCAAGCGUCGUGGAUAGAGGAAAUGUUCCUGUGUAUCUCAAUGUGUACGAUCUAACUCCCAUCAAUGGCUACGCUUACUGGUUUGGUCUUGGUGUUUACCACUCUGGUGUUGAAGUUCAUGGUAUAGAGUAUGCUUUUGGAGCUCAUGAAUAUCCAAGUACUGGAAUAUUCGAAGGAGAACCGAAGCAAUGCGAAGGGUUUACGUUUAGGAAAUCAAUUUUGAUUGGUAAAACGGAUCUUGGGCCAUUGGAAGUGAGAGCUACGAUGGAUCAACUUGCAGACAAGUAUAAAGGAAGUUCUUACAAUCUCAUCACCAACAACUGCAACCACUUCUGCGACGACACUUGUAUGAAGUUAACCGGGAAUCCAAUUCCUAGUUGGGUUAACCGUCUUGCAAGAAUCGGUAAACUCUUUGGAUUCAUAUGCAACUGUGUACUUCCUGCAACCAUAAACGCGACCAAGCUCGCGGACAAUCGAGUCAACCAAGACAAAACAUGUGAGGCAGAAGCUAACACGAAGAAACUGACGAGUGUAUCAAGAAGAGAGAGGUCUACUACUGAUACACCUUCGCCAUCAUCUUCAUCUCCUUCAGUUCAAGUUCGUGGCCGAAGCAGGAAAAGGCGUCCUCGUCGUGCCAUGCAACCUUCAUCGACAUUGAUUCUCAGCUCUUCCACCACUUGACCAUCAAUAAAAUUCACUUUUAAUCUUUUCUUUUUAACUAGUUGCAGUUGUGCUUUGUAAUCUUGUUAAAGAAGUAAAGUAAAAAAGAAGAAUCAAUCUAUGGACUUGACUUUAUAUGAAACUAUAAGGAGAAUAUAUUCCAUAAACCUUUUAAACUGA